AUGUCUUCACCUGUAGACCCCUCUCCACAAACCAAUUCUAAUGAAGUCUUGACCAUUGAGAACGUCAUCGCCACCUUAUCCACCUUGCUAGCUCGUCUCCCUAAUUACAAGGACUCUGUCCCUCAGUGCAGCAGCAGUAACAACAACAACAAUAGUGGCAGUAGUGAUCUCAACAACAACACCAACACCACCACUACUGACAACAAUAGUGGCAGCAGUUAUCUCAACAACAACAUCAACAACAGUGGACCAAGUGGACCAAUCAAGAAGCUUAAAUGCUGCCUUGAUGACAUCUCCAAGGUAGUUGUAGAAGCUCCUAAUGAUUCCUUCCCCAACAAGCAAGUUCAAGACAAACUUAGUGUAAUCAUGAAAGAUGCCUUGAAGUUGAAGGAAGUUUUUAAGGACCUUGAUACUAGGUUAAAGCUUUGCUUCUUGUCAUUUGCUGUACUUCCAGCGAAUACGGUAGUAAAGAGGAGGCUUUUGAUAAAUUGGUGGGUCGGAGAGCGUUUAGUGGAUCCUCCAGUUACUGGAGAAAAGACAGCUGAAUAUAUUUCCGAUGAGAAUCUUACAGAACUUGAGGUGAAGGGCUUUAUUGAGCCAGUUAAAGAAAGGCACAAACUGAUUGCAGACAGGUUUAAGAUGCAGCAUCUGGUGCACUGUGUGGUUAUUAUGCUCGCCCAGGAGGCUCAGCUCCUUCAUUAUGAUUCUAAUAGGAAUCCAACCGUAAAAUCUUUGCGGAGUAACAGGGCAUGUUUAGUGAAGGCUGAAAACGGAACUUCAAAGCAAGAAUUAGCUCCUAAAUUAGAUCUAGAAACACUACAUACUAUAUUCAAUGUUAAUGAGCCUUUUCCUGAUCUCAGAUUUGAGUGGUCUGCAAAGAUGAAAAAUGACAGCAUUGUGGAUUGGUUUUCAAAGAUGAAAAAUAUCAAUGUUCUUUAUUUGGGAAGGUGGAAAAGCUCAGAUCAGCAUAGCAAUGAAGAGCAAAGCUCGGAUCAGCAUCACAUUGUAAGGGAAGGCUCACUAGAGAAUCACAUUGAAGUAGCAAGCAUUGAGUUCUUACAAGGGUUGAAGAAUAUGAAAUGUUUAAGGCUUUUAAGCCUACAAGGAAUUUCUAGAAUGAAUGAGCUUCCCAAUUCCAUAGGCAAGCUAACAAAUUUGAAAAUUUUAGAUCUCAAAACCUGUCACAAUCUGGAGGCACUUCCAGAUGGGAUAGCCUUACUCAAGAAGCUGUCACACUUGGAUAUUUCAGAAUGUUACUUGCUAGAUGGCAUGCCCAGGGGGCUAGCCUCUCUCUCAGAACUCCAAGUCCUCAAGGGGUUUGUAAUUGGUAAUAUGGAAAGCGACAGAGAUGAUGAUCAUCAGGGCCUGCCACAGCAAUUUCUUGGGGGAAUGUGUUUCCCUCAAAAGAGAGACUCAUGUACUCUUGAGGAUUUGAUAGGAUUAAAGAAGAUAAGAAAGUUGAGCAUCAAUACAAGCUGUAUGGAUUUCCCUACAAGCAAAGAGCUACAGGAUCUAAAUAAGUUGGAGGAGCUACAGAAGCUAGCAAUAGCAUGGCGUGACAGUGGAGCAGCCACCAUAACACCAGGACAACUUAACCGCAUGCUAGCAAUGAAGAGAAACAAUGAUCCACUGGAGCUUUCUACAAAACUAGAUAAACUCGAACUUCUGUGUUUUCCUCACACAAGAACACCUGAUUGGCUGAUACCCGGAAAACUGCAGAGCCUAAAGAAACUGUACAUUAGAGGAGGAAAACUAAACAAUUUAAGGCAAAUGCAAGAGGGAAGUGAUAUAUGGACAGUUGAGAUUUUACGUUUGAAGUACUUGAAUAUGUUUAAUAUGGACUGGAAUGAACUGCAGACAUCAUUUCCAAAGUUGAUUUUCUUGGAGAAUGUCAAAUGCCCUAAUCUCACUUCUUCACCAUGCAAUAAGUUUGGAGUGUGGUCGAAGCAUUGA